AUUGCGCUAGGCAGUUGCUUCCGAAGAUAGUGGGGAAAAUGAAUAAGUUAAUUCUAUGUGUGGUCGUUGUUUUGGCUGUGGUGCUUAUUGCCGAUGCUAAGCCUUAUCAUUCCAGAAACCACCAUAGCCGCGAAAAGUCAGACUCUUCUUCUUCGUCUUCAUCUUCCGAAGAACACGGACAUAGGCACGGGAAGAACAAGCACCACAAGAAGGAUAGUUCAUCCUCUUCGUCGUCCUCAUCAUCAUCUUCUUCCGAAGAAGAUCACGGAAAGUCCAGGGGAUGUGGAGGUAAGGGCAAAGAUUCAUCAUCAUCAUCGUCGUCGUCUUCGUCAUCUUCAUCAUCCUCUGAGGAGCACGGCGACAAGAACACGUGCGGAACUGUUGACGUAAAGAUUGAACUAAACGUGGCGUAUGUCUAUUUGACGGACCCCAAAAGUAAUAGCACUAGAAUCGAUAAAGUUUUCAUGUCAAGGAAUACUUAUCUAAGCAAAAGAAAGCAAGACAUGUAUCGAGCGACUGAAUUAAGAACUAAAUAAUUAUAAAGUCAAGAAACUUAUUAAUUUGUAAUGAAGAUGAGCGCCAGCUUAGAAUUUCAACGCGUUGAACAAUAAAUUAGUUUAAAAUUAA